AUCUUUGAUUCGUCUUUGGUUCAGUGAUGGGUAACGAAGUCCGUCAAUCAUUUAUAUUAUGUGGGUUAUUCACCCUGUGGCGACUGCAACGCGUAGUUUGUGAAGGAGAAAUCCAAUUUUUUUUCUUUGCGACUCUACGAUUGUUCACACUUGUGUUUUUCUUCUUGUUUUUAAUAAAAAUCAAUUAUUAUAACUCCACUAAAGUUCGGUUGGGGAUAGAUUUUCAAUUUUCUGCAACAUCCUUUGAUAUGGUAGUAAACUUUGGAGUCAAAACAAAUAAUACCCAAAUCUGAAAGAUUACAAAACAUCGAGGACGAAACUGCAAACAUAGGGAAAGAGAAGAGAAGAACACUCCUUUCUAUUUUCUUGUGUUUAUAUAAAUAAGGAAAGAGGUGUGACAGUAGAAACAGAGCUCUGCAACUUUUCAAGUUGAUACUCAUAUUCUGACAAGUUCAGCCACCCUCAAGUUCUACUUUUGUCUUCAUUCUUGUAUUAUGGAAGAAAGUGAUGUGUAUACGGAAGAUGGAACAGUCGAUAUUCACAAAAAUCCUGCUAAUAAGAAGACAACCGGAAACUGGAAAGCUUGCCGCUUCAUUCUUGUCAACGUGUGCUGUGAAAGAUUUGCCUACUAUGGAAUGAGCAAAAACCUUGUGGACUAUCUUAAGAGUCGUCUGAAUCAAGGCAACGCUACUGCUGCGAAUAACGUCACCAAUUGGUUUGGAACAUGUUAUAUAACUCCUUUGAUUGGAGCCUUUCUAGCUGAUGCUUAUCUUGGACGUUACUGGACUAUCGCAACCUUUGUUUUCAUCUAUGUCUUCGGUUUGACUCUUUUGACGUUAUCAGCUUCUGUUCCUGGACUUAAACCGGGUAACUGCAACAGCGAUACAUGUCAUCCCAGUUCCGAUCAGACAGCUGUUUUCUUUGUUGCGCUUUAUAUGAUCGCUCUUGGAAUAGGUGGUAUAGAACCAUGUGUUUCGUCCUUCGGAGCGGAUCAGUUUGAUGAGAAUGACGAGGCCGAGAAGCUAAAGAAAAGCUCUUUCUUUAAUUGGUUUUACUUCUCCGCUAACGUUGGAGCUUUUGUUGCUACGACUGUUAUUUCCUGGAUACAAAUGAACAUUGGUUGGGGAUGGGGCUUUGGUGUCCCGACCGUGGCCAUGGUCAUUGCGGUUAUGUUUUUCUUCUCGGGAAGUCGUUAUUACCGACUUCAGAGACCGCAAGGGAAUCCACUCACACGGAUAUUUCAGGUUAUAGUUGCGGCCUUAAGGAAGAUGAGUGUUGAGGUUCCAGAGGACAAGUCUCAGCUCUUUGAAAUUGCUGAUGAUGCGAGUAAUAUCACUGGUAGCCGGAAACUAGAGCAUACAGACAACUUAAAGUUUUUCGAUAAGGCAGCAGUUGAGAGUCAAUCCGACAGCAUCAACGACGGUGAAGUGAACCCUUGGAGACUCUGUUCGGUAACACAAGUCGAAGAGCUCAAGUGCAUAAUCACACUUCUUCCAUUUUGGGCCUCAGGGAUAGUCUUUGCCACAGUGUACAGCCAACUGAACACAUUGUUCGUCUUACAAGGAAACACAAUGGACCAACACAUGGGGAAACACUUCGAAAUCCCAUCAGAUUCCCUUUCGCUUUUCACCACGGUCAGUGUGCUCUUCUGUACUCUUGUCUACGACCAGUUCAUUGUCCCCUUCGCAAGAAAGUUCACACGUCAAGAGCGUGGCUUCACUCAGAUUCAACGUAUGGGAAUAGGUCUCGUGAUCUCAAUCUUUGCCAUGAUCACUGCAGGAGUCUUGGAGGUCGUUAGGCUCGACUACGUCAAAACUCACAACGCAUACGACGCGAAAAAGAUUCCCAUUUCGAUUUUUUGGCAGAUACCUCAGUAUUUACUAGUUGGGUGCGUAGAAGUUUUCACUUUUAUAGGCCAGCUUGAGUUUUUCUAUGACCAGGCGCCUGAGGCAAUGAUAAGUCUCUGCUCGGCUUUGUCUUUGACAACUAAAGCGCUUGGGAACUACUUGAGCACGGUUCUUGUGACGGUUGUAAUGAAAAUGACGAAGAAAAAGGGCAAACCGGGUUGGAUACCGGAUAACUUGAACCGGGGUCAUCUGGAUUACUUUUUCUAUUUGCUGGCAGCUCUUAGUUUCCUCAACUUCUUAGUGUACCUCUGGAUUUCUAAACGCUACAAGUACAAAAAAGCUAUAGGUCGAGCACAUUGAUGAAAUAAACUGGAUGCCAAGAGAUUUGGUCUUGUGAUUCUUCACAAGGUUAUGUAGACUAUGCAUAUAUGUAAAGAAUAGAUUAGUCAAUACUUAAUCCCUAAUCCCCUCA